CCAAGAAACACGUUUAGUGAAGCUAAUGCUGAAAACAAUGGUUCUGAUUCAAAAACAGGAUUUCAGCCAACUGCAACUAAAAUAAGAUAUAGUAUGCCAUUCUAAGCUAUAUAUUUCUCUUUGUCAACGUCACUUUUACUAUUAAGAGAUACGGACGCUGUCAUUGUCGCAAUUGGUGACACUGAACGACUCUACUUACCACUACUCAGCAAUAACGCAGCCAAUCCAUACUUGCAGUAUUCAUUUUAAUACCCUCUCCAAACAGGCCGUAGCUGAAGAAUUCUAUGCACUGACAAAAUGACGACACGACGUCAGUUGAAAUCCAAAGGGACUUCGCGAUUUUCAAAGCGUGAUCGUGGCAAAAAGCAUGAGAAAAGGCAAGCAAGGGUGGAUGCGCUUUCUAAAGCGCUCGUUGGAGAGGACACAUGCAAUACCUUUGCCGACAACUGUGAAGCAACCUGGCCUGCUUGGCUCUCGUUGCUGCGCGAAGCCACUAUUCCGAAUGGUAUUUCCAGCUCAGAUCCUCAGAUAAUUGUAGCAUUCAAGGCUGUGGACAAAGUCAUUUUAGGGAAGAACGAGUCAUAUUUACUGCGACGGCUGGCAUACAUCCAGUUGAUGCGGAUCUUCUCCUCCGUAGAAGCCAUUAUAAGGUCUGAGAGGGAGAACGGGUCAGAAAAGCGACUGCCUGGGCAUCGCGAUUCUAGCGCUGCCAUGCGAUUAUAUGCUUCCGCACAGGACGGGAGCUCAAGUCCAAGCAAAUCGACAUGUGAGCUAAAGGAACGUAAGCGGACUGGUCGAAGCUGGCUGGAGCUUGCCGGCGAAUCCCCCCCAAUUGCGCUUAUGUAUUCGAAAGCAGCAGAAUUAGCAGUCAAAGAUUUCAAAAGGGCAGAUCGACAAACCAUGAGCCUCCUGGCAGCUUUAAUUCAUAAUGCAUGUCCGAGGCGCAUCGUUGAGGCCGCUGCCUAUUUGACGAGCAGCAUAGAAUGGGCAGUCGUAACCAACCAAGCUCUUCAUUUACCCGAGGUCGCCAAAGAAAUCAGAAAUUAUUAUGUUACUGGGUUGCCUAGCUCUUCGUAGGAGUUCUGCAUUUUUUACGAGGCUAAAUGGGGGAUUGGUGUAGCUUGCACCGCUAAGCAUUGGCUUAAUACGUACCAAUUGGUAACUUUUUUAUACUCGAUGCAUGUCUGAGUCGGGGCUCAGUAUAUGCUUAGCGCAGCUGGUGUACGUGGGAUUGACUACUACGUAUUAUAAUUGGUGGUGGUCGAGGCGGUGGUAGUAGUUGCGGUAGUAGAGGUAGUGGUAGCUAUCGUAGUGGUGGUCAUAGGAUACUAGUAGAUAGUUCUGGUCACUAGCUCGCAGAAGCAGACACUGAGUAUGCGCCGAGUGGCUUGGUGUGUUGCCUGGUGUGUUUGCCUGGUGUGU